GCAGGAGCACUGUCCACUGUUUGAAUGUGUUGCAUGCUUGCACAGUGUCCGCUGGGUGGCGCCAUGUAGUCAGCAUUUAUGUUGCUGUGCCUCAAAGGCUGCUGGGAAAUUCUCUCCGAGGAAGCAUCAUGAGCACGAGCCGCUAAACAAGUUGACAUCACACAGCAGGUUAGCAAAGUUAGCCGGGAGAUUCACUGAACUGCAGGCAUCUCCAAUCAUGGAGGACAUUAGCACUGUGAUGUCCUGGUUUUCCAGCCCCGUGUACAGCCGCUACUGGCAGCACUACCAGCAGGCGAUGGCCUGGCACCAGACACACAGGCGUGCCUACCGAAAGGCCUUGGAGGCUGCCUACGGCCCUGGCUGCCGCCGGGAGCCAUAUCCCAGCAGCCACCGGCGCUAUGCAGACUGGCACGCCAGAGAGUGGGACGGCAAAGACGCAGAGGAUGGAGAUGAGCAGAGCAGCUCGGACAGCGAGAUCGAGUGCGACGUCAGCAACAUGGAGAUCAGCGAGGAACUUCGGCAGUACUUCGCCCAGACAGAGAAGCACAGAGAGGAACUGAAGAAGCAGCAGCAGAUGGAGGCCGAGCAGCAGGACAGCUACGUGCCGGCCGACCAGGACCUGCACGGCGCCUCCUGGCGGCGAAGCAGCGCAGCUCCUCCCUCCGAGAGACCUGGCGAGAGACGCGGGGCCGAGAUGAAGAAGCUGUAUGGCGAGGACGCGGCUAAGAUCCUGGCCAUGGAGGCAGCAAUGCAGCUCACUUUCGACAGAAACUGUGACCUCAAACGGCCCAAGUACUGGCCCGUUAUCCCACUGAAGCUCUGAUCUCUCGGUGAGACGGCAGCUUUGUCAUGUAAUGGAUGGUGGCUGCAGACACAGCUAAUGUCAGGACUAAUGGUUUGGGUUAGCCGAGGGUUAGAAGUUAUUUUAAGCACAAAAGUUGCAUAAAUUAGCUGAGCUUCUGCUUAGCCAGAUGCGAAUGUCACUGACCUGUCAGCUGUUGCUCCAAACUUAUGAUUUUGAUGCUGCACAUAAUGUUUUUUGUGGCUUUACACUUUUACAUAAGUUCUUUUUAACUCAGGACCAAGCAUACAGCACUACCCUAUAUGCAAGAGACUGCAUGGUUUUUGUCUCUUGAUUUCAGCACAAAGAAUAGAAAUGUCUGCCAGCUGAGGGUCAGAGGUACAGUAAAACUGCUCCCGUAGGUGAUGUAAAUAUAUUCAAACAUGUGGCUACAUGUUUCCUCCUAAUCUGUUUUUGUGUACCCUCUAGCUUGGUGAUGUUACAUGCUGCAGUAGCUCCUCUUAUGCCUGUCAACUUGGUUUAACCACAAAAUCAUUUUCAUCCCCCCCUUCCUCUGUUCAAAUUUAGAAGUGUUCCCGCAUGGCUGCUUCUGAUAUUCCACUUUUCAACACACACAAAGAGUGAUUUGUUGUUGUUACUUCUAAACUGUGCCUCCUUGAUUCUGACGUUUCGUCGGGUUCAAAGCCGUUCAUGUGUUUUCUCAGGAGGGACGUUGACUAGUCUUUUAUCUUGUGCUUGCACCCUUUUUUUUAGACUGAGGGAUGUGUAAUUUUAAAAUAAACUCUGUUUAUAAUAAAGUGAUUUAUGUCUGGAUCAAA